AUGACUAGGGAAACUCCUUUUACUUUUGAAGUUCAUUCACCUUCCCCAUCAAUUGUUAUUCCAGCACGAAGGACUUCGUCUAACAUUUCUACACCGUUGACGCCACCCAAAAUGUCUCCGAUAACUGGAAGUCCUGUGUUGGAAAGCAAACUAGUGACUUUAACUUCCUCGACGUCGCCCAAAAGUAGCAGCCUAAAUUUACAUUAUAUGUCUUCGUCACCAGCCACAAAGACUGGUGAAUACUUUAAAAAAAGUAGAUCAUACUCACAUGCAAAAAGUACCUCUGACAUUUUGGGUGUUAACCACCAAAUUCCGAGUCUCACUAAAAACCCUUUUAGUGAAUGUGAAAUUUUUACUACUGAAGUAUCAAAAAGUUUACCUGAAUCUAAUGCAAAAAAAAUAAACGGAACAACUAAACCUUUAUCUGAAGUAUGCAAUAAACCUAAUAAUGUGUUACAGAAUGACAAUAAUGAGAAUCAAAAUACCAGGCGGGAUAAGAAAAUUCGUCGACGUAAAUUAGGUCAGGCAAUGGAUUCUAUGUAUCCACCCUCUGAAUUAGAUGAAGAAGAAAAGAAAAGCAUUUGCUUUUCUGCUUUUCCUGAUUCAAAUUCAUUUGAUGUUGGUGAUACUGUUUUCAAUUUUCGUAUAAGAUGUUCUAAAUCAGGUCUGGUUGCUUCAGAUUUUGUUCAAGGUGUAAAAAGUAAACGUAAAUCUGUCAUAGCCAAAGAUAAGGCUAUACUAAAGCGGUUAGCAGAAGCAGUGGCUCGUGGUUAUCCUCCAGGACCACAAAUUCCAUUUAAAUCGAAAAAAUUUCCAUCCAAUGCGACUGAAACGUAUUUAAACUUUUAUGCACAAUUUUUAAAAUGUGGUAACUUUGCAACUUGGCUUAGACAACGUACGAUAGAAGCACAGAAUGAGUUACGUAAAAGAUAUUUACAAGUACUUUGUGAAGGUGAUGUAAAAACAUGGAUGGCCGGCAAGCAUGAAAUGGAAUUGGUAGAUCUAUUAGUCAGAGUCAAGGAUGAAUUGAAAUUGUCAACAAAGCAAGAUUCAUCACCAAAUUCUCAAUCGUUGGUUAAUCGAGAGUGUGAUAAUAUAUCACUAUCAAUACCAACACCUAAACAACGAGAAAAAUUAAAAGCUCAAGCGGACAUUAUAAUAUCAGGUCUGCCUAGGGAUUUGAGGGAGUCAUUUACAGCGGAAAUAUGA